CCUUCACUGUUUCUUCUCCGCAGAUUUGCUGAUUUUCACUGUGAAAAAAGGAGUGGAAAUUUCCGUGUAGAAACACCGCAAAUCCUAGUGAAAAUGUACGGUCGUGAUCGUCAUGGAGGAGGUGGAUUCCGGGGCAGCAGCGGAGGCCGAGGAGGUCGUGGAAUGGGAUCUGGUGGCGGUGGCGGCGGAGGCGGCCGUCCGAUGGGCGGUGGUGGAAUGGGCGGCUUUCGGGGUGGUAAGAAACCGAUGGAUCUCAAGUCCAAGAUGAAACAGCCCGGAGAUCGUUUGAGACGUGUCCGCUGGGACACAGCAUCGCUCACUCCAUUCCGCAAGAACUUCUACCAGCCGCCACUGAGUGCAACCAGCCGCUCGGCAUCGGAGGUGGACAGGUAUCUGCAGAAGAAUGAAAUUACGGUGAAAGGGCGCGAAGUUCCACCGCCGAAUCUCGAUUUUAUGGACAAUGGGUUUCCCAAGUAUGUCGUGGAUGAGAUUUUGAGGCAGGGAUUUAGUGCGCCGACCGCCAUCCAGGCUCAGGGAUGGCCCAUCGCCAUGAGUGGCAGGGAUAUGGUUGGCAUCGCCCAGACUGGGUCUGGCAAGACUCUGGCCUACAUGCUGCCGGCGUUGGUGCACAUCGGGCACCAGUCUCGUCUGCAGCGCGGCGACGGACCCAUUGCUCUCGUCUUGGCGCCAACACGAGAACUGGCUCAACAAAUCCAGCAAGUCGCUGGGGAUUUCGGAACGUGCACUCACACCAGCAACACUUGCAUCUUCGGGGGCGCUCCGAAGGGGCCCCAGGCGCGUGACCUCGAACGCGGUGUGGAGAUUGUUAUCGCAACGCCGGGAAGGUUGAUUGAUUUCCUCGAGCGUGGCACCACAAAUCUCCGGCGCACAACUUAUCUCGUGCUGGACGAGGCUGACAGGAUGCUGGACAUGGGCUUUGAGCCACAGAUACGCAAGAUUAUCGAACAAAUCCGCCCAGAUCGCCAAGUGUUGAUGUGGAGCGCGACGUGGCCGAAAGAGGUGCGCAAUCUGGCUGAGGAAUUCCUUGACAAUUAUGUGCAAAUCAAUAUUGGAAGUCUCGGUUUGGCGGCCAAUCACAAUAUCCUGCAGAUUGUGGACGUGUGCGAGGAGUACGAGAAGGAGGGGAAGCUGAUGAAGCUACUGGCGGAGAUUUCGUCAGAGGGUGAGACGAAGACCAUCAUCUUUGUGGAGACGAAGCGUCGCGUUGAGGAGAUUUCACGCAUAAUCAAUCGCAAUGGUUGGCGUGCGUGCUCGAUUCACGGUGACAAGUCACAGCAGGAGCGCGACUACGUGCUCAGUUCAUUCCGUAGCAACAAGCAUGGUAUCCUUGUGGCCACUGACGUCGCCGCACGCGGACUGGAUGUGGAAGACGUGAAAUUUGUAAUCAAUUAUGAUUACCCAUCGAAUUCCGAAGAUUAUGUUCACCGUAUUGGUAGAACGGGACGUUCUAAUAAUACGGGAACGGCCUAUACGCUGUUCACGGGCCAGAACUCAGGAAAGGCGGCAGAUCUCAUUAGUGUCCUGCAGGAGGCUAAUCAAGUGGUGAAUCCAAAGCUGUUCGACAUGACCAAGGGCGGAUAUAAAGGCCGUCAUCGCGGACGUGAAGGUGGUAUGGGCCGAAAUGGUCCUGGCAUGCGAGGCGUCGGUGGAUCACUGCGCGGAGGCUCCGGCGUGGGCGGAAUGGGCGGCAUGAAGCCAGGCCGCGGCGGCGGAAUGGAUCGCAUGGGCGGUGGAAUGCGCCAGAGUCGCAUGGACGGCGGCGGAUCGCGGUCGGACAACAACUUCGAGUCGCGCGAUCGCAGCCGCAGCGCGAUGGGCGGCGGUGGCUCCAGAUUUACUAAUCGCGACCGCGAGGCUAACGGCACUACGCAAUACGGUGGCGUGGCGUAUCAGACGAUGUCGGGUGGUGAGAUGGGUAAGUUCGGCGGUUCCGGGGCGGCGUUUGGCACCUCAGGUAGCGCCAAUUACGCUAAUGGUGGCUACGCUGCCACCGCCGGCGCGCCCUACCCCAAGCCACCCGUGCCGGCCGCUGCAUAUGGCGCCACUCAAGGGGCCGCGGGCUCCGGAGCCGCCGCCUAUGGCAACUACAGCGUCAUGCCACCCAACAUGUUCGCCUAUCCGCCACCUCCGCUCCCAGUGAAGAACUAAGACGGAGACAUUCUCACCCACCGCGCGCUCAAGAAAAAGGGCUCUCCGAACUACAUUAAGUGGUUUCUGUUUCCUUUCUAUCCUAAUUUCAAGUUGUCUGUAUCGCUAUUCAGUGUGGCGAAGUGUCUAGAGAGAGGACAUGAAACUUCCUGGCAGGACGGAAAUGUAUGUGAACUUGUGCUACAGGGACAGGAAGUCUGUUUUGUAACUCUGUGUAAAUCUACAGUACAUUCUAGAGAAGCCACGGCGUGUGCAAAUGAGAUGCAAUUUAACCAGGAGGAUAAAAUAAACCAUUCACAGUUGAGAUACAGGGGAAGAGAGAAGAGUAGGCGUAGCUAAACUAAAUGAAAUAAUUUAUGAAUAUAUAAAAAUGAUGGUUUUUUCACAAUAUUCCUAAUGUUAGACUUAAGGAUGGAGGAUGUUUGGUGGAUGUUCGAAGGAUUUUAAAUUUUGGGG